AGGGUUCAGAGGUUCAGGACACGCGCAGCGCGGGAUGAAGCUGGAUGGCUUGUGGAGCCGGAGCUGAUCCGAUCAAGAUCCUAAUACAUCAUCCGUCCUGCACCCAAUAAUAAAACUUCGAAAGGUCUCCUUAUCCCUUGCGAAAGGCUUAGUUUGGCUGUGUCCACGAACAACGGUAUUACCACACCAGUCUAACUGAUAGCAACUAAAAUGGUCAGCACCAUGAAAUCUAUGCCAUCCGUCAGGUUGAACGACGGCACCUGUGUUCCUCAGCUUGGAUAUGGCUGCGGCACAGCUUGGUAUAAGAAGGAAGGAGAUACCAGUAUUAAUCGAGAGCUCGUUGAAUCCAUCAAAGAUGCUAUCCGACUGGGGUAUCACCACCUUGAUGGCGCCGAGACUUACAGGACUGAGCCUGAGCUUGGUCUUGCCAUCAAGGAGAGCGGUGUGGAACGAGAUAAGCUAUUCGUAACCACUAAGGUGAGCGUAAAUAUCGCAGAUAUUCCAAGGGCAAUCGACGCAAGUCUAGAAAAGCUUCAGCUCGAUUACGUUGAUCUGUAUCUAAUUCACUCGCCUUUUUUUGGCAGCUCAUAUAGCGACCUUCAAACAGCCUGGGCUGCUAUGGAGCAAGUGAAGGCCGCUGGAAAGGCACGGUCAAUCGGCGUAUCUAACUUCCUGCGGAGCCAUUUGGAGGCUAUCUUGGAAACGGCUACAGUUCCACCAUCUAUCAACCAGAUCGAAUUCCAUCCCUAUCUACAGCAUGGCAAUCUACUCGACUUUCAUGAGAGCCAAGGUAUCCAAACAGCCAGCUAUGGGCCUUUGACUCCUAUCAUCCGGUCAAAAGGAGGACCAGUGGAUGACCUGCUGCCACAUCUGGCUAAAAAAUAUGCAGUCAGUGAAGGGGAGAUUCUUCUGAGAUGGUCUAUAGACCGUGGCUGUAUAACAAUCACGACUAGUAGCAAGGAAGCCCGCUUAAGCAGCUAUUUGCGCGCCUUAACCUUUCAGUUGACUCCUAUGGAGAUUGAUGAUAUCUCCGCUGCCGGGCAGCAAAAGCAUUUUAGGGCAUUUUGGCAGGGAAAGUUCGCGUCAGACGAUCGCUCGUGAAUAUGACCGGUCAUAUUUGUAUAAAGUGUCAAGUUUAAUCCUGCCUUUAUAGUUGGAUGAAUUUAGAUUCAAGCCUGGUGAUUUCUGAUAAACCGUCAAGCCAAUGAUAUCUGAGGGAUAUUGCCUUAUAUGCGGGUUUACUUUGUGAUGGCCAGAUACUAGGACAUAUAGACCUGAGUCCCUUGUUGAUCAAACUCCUCUGUCACUGCACAUAGAUAAGGACAUAAGAACGAGCGCCGUGGAGCAUGGCAUGUGGUACGUAGUCGGAGAAGGCUGG